AUGAAUGCCCCUCAACCAACCGAGAUUUCCACUCCCCAACCCCCGAUUCUGUCCAAAUUCCUAUCUCCAGCCCACGUGGUCGGCAAUGUAAUCCACUGCUCGGGCCAACUCCCCAUCGACCCAAACACAGGCAGGCUAGUGGCAGGAUGUAUCCAAGCCCGCGCAGCGCAAAUCCUCCUUAAUCUCAAUACAAUCCUCACCGCCGCCGGCUCGAGCCUAGACUGUGUGAUCAAACUCAGCAUCUUCUUGACCGACAUGCAGGAUUGGGGUGCUGCGAACGCUGUGUUGGAGUCGGCUUUUAUGGACACCAAGCCAGUCUGCACGUGUGUAGCAGUCGAGGAUCUGCCGGGGGGUAGUGACCUGGAAGUGGAAUGCUCUGCUCUGAUCGCGAGGCCGCGAGGCUCGGAACGGGAUUCGAAGACAGGUUUACUGUGA